AUGAUUAUAGAUGAUGAAGAUUUAGAAACUGAAAAUCAUAUUUCGUUCAGUAACAAUAAUCAAAAUGAAUCUAUACAUAACAAUACAGAUGCUAGUAUCGAGUCAGCAUCAACAACAAAUAAGAAAACAACUAGCUAUCGUCAACGAAAACCAUCUCAUAUUAUUGAUUCUGACUCUGAUGAAAGUAGUAGUACAUUAGCCAAACCAUUAAAUCAGUCAGUUUUUAUUGAUUGUUUUACACAAAAAUGA